AUGGGCCACAAGGUGCUGUUGGUUGUCUUCAGCGUCGUGGUUUGGUUGGCGCUGGCCGUACAAACCUCGCCGAUGCCGGUCGCAAACGAUGAAAGUAGACUGACCGCUGGAGACGAGAGCGAUCUGGAAGGCGCGGAAAGUGCUCACCACGGUUACGGUGACUUCGGGGGAGGAUUCGGUGGUGGUGGUUUCGGGCACGGAUUUGGCUUCCAAAAGUUCGCCCGAUUCGGUGGCUUUGGCCACCCGCACGGCUUCGGAGGGGGUGGAUUCGGUCAUGGGUUCGUGGGUGGCCACGGAGGCGGCGGAUUCAUUAUCGGCGGUGGCUUCAUCAAGGGCGGCGGAUUCUAUGGCAAGCGGCGAUGA